AGGAGGCCGCGCCGGGGGGUUGUCGAGCGCGCGCGGUUUCGGCGCGGCGCUCCCCCUCGCGCUGGGGCGCCUUGCCGCAAUCCCGCCUACGGCCCCCGGACGCGCUGGGCGCUGGCUGCGCUGGCGGCGUGCGUGCAGGUGCACCGGCUGCCGGCGCAGGACUACUCGGACAUCUGCCGGCACGAGGAUGACGCCAACGUCUCUGACGCUUCGGAGCUCGCGGACGGCACGCAGGAGUUCAGGAUCAUAGACGCGAACAACACCCAGAGGUGGUUCUACCGCAACUUCAACGUUACGACCUUCAACACCGCGGAGGAUUACAGAAACGUGAUAUUCAACCUGGAGCCAUGCGUCGGAUCCGUCCUCCUGAUGGUGAGGAAGACGCGCAGGUGUUAUCCGAACCCUUACAGCUGCAUAGACCUCGGCUCGGACACCAGGAACAGCGCGGACUGCCAGUGGGUCCCGCCGGCAUGUGCUGCCCUUGCCGCGCCGCGGCCGCGGCCGGCGGCGGCCGCGGCAGCGCCCGCGGCAGCGCCCGUCGGGGACAUCGAAAGUCGGGGCGCGGUUCAUUUCAUGACCGAGAUAGAUGGCAGCCAGGACGGAACGCCGACAUUUUUUGAGGUCCCUCACACCUCAACCAAGUAUUUUAUCUCAGUUUACGCGACCGAGAACUCCGCAUACACGCUUACGGUGAUCGCCGACAUCGGCGCAUUCCCACGCCCCGGCGGGGACGGCAAGAUCGCUGCCGAGCAGUCGGCUUCGAUGCAGGUGAAGCUCUCCUGGGACGCUGCCUACUACAGUCCAAUAGGCCCUCACGCUGCUUUCCGCGCACAUGGGAUCUCUGCUAUCUUGCUGGCGUCGUCCCUUUCUCUGCGUUGCAGUCUUCCC